GGUUUGCCUUCAACGGAGCUGCUGCUGCCUGAAAGAAAAUUAAGAUGGACAGAGCAACUUAAUUCAAAAGGACUUGCCAUGAGGUGCUAAGCUUUUUUUCAUUGAUUCGGAGAGACCGGACCUAAAUGGCGCAGCAUGAUUUUGCUCCAGCCUGGCUUAAUUUUCCUACUCCACCAUCAUCAACAAAGUCAUCACUGAAUUUUGAGAAACAUUCUGAAAAUUUUUCAUGGGCAGAGAAUCGUUAUGAAGCAAAUCGCAGAAGACACAAUUCUUCGGAAGGGUUUGAUCCUAACACUGGAAGGCCAAAUGGAGGGCAUUUUGGGCGAAAAGAGAGGAAUGGCUGGCGUUCACAAGGCAGAAAUGCUCCAGAAAAUAUAAACCAAUGUGGAGGGUACCAUGGUGGAGGUUCCCGUACUCGUAGCAGCACCUUCCAUUGUGGAAAAGGCCAGGGACUGCGUGAAAACAGUGUACUUGGUAAUGAAACCCAGAAAAAGGAAGUAAAAGAAGUACCCAACCAGUUUGAGGCUGAGGACUUCCCAUCUUUAAAUCCUGACUAUGAGAGGGAACCAAACCAGAAUAAAUCUCUAGCUGCAGGUGUGUGGGAGUACCCUUUAAAUCCCAAAUCUAGAUCUCAGAGAAUGCUGGUCAUUAAAAAAGGCAGUACAAAAGAACUGCGGAUAUCUGGAUUCCCAGUAGUGGGAACUCUUCACUCGCAGCCGGUAAGGAAUGGAACUGGCACAAGUGUUUAUAAAGGAUUAGUCCCCAAACCUGUAACUCCACCUGCAAAGCCCACACAGUGGAAAAGCCAAGCAAAAGAAAAUAAACUUGGGAAUGUGUUUCCUCAUGAAUCUGCAUAUGGUCCUUUCAAAUCAACUGUCAAGGCAUUUGCUGUAACACAAAAUUCAGUGAAAGAGUGUAAUCGGUCAAAUUCUUCAUCCCCUGUUGACAAAGCUGGUCAGCUUCGUUUAACAAAAUUGACAAGAAUGCGGACUGAUAAGAAGAGUGAAUUUUUGAAAGCAUUGAAGAGAGAUAGAGUGAAAGAGGAACAUGAAGAUGAGAAUCAUGAUGGACAAGAGAAGGAUGAUGAGUCCUUCAGCUUCCAUAACAACAACAGUUCUCAUCGUGAGAGAGAUAUAAACCGAAACUUUGAAAAUGAGAUUCUGCAGGAGAAUGGCAAUGCUUCAAUUACACCUCAGCAGAUCAUUCAGUCUUCAGCUUUCCCUCAGGCAAAUGUUCUUUCGAGCUCACUUGAGGCAGAGCAUAGGUUGUUAAAGGAGAUGGGCUGGCAGGAAGACAGUGAAAAUGAUGAAACAUGUGCUCCACUAACUGAGGAUGAGAUGAGGGAGUUUCAAGUCAUUAGUGAACAGAAUCAGCUGUUUCCUUUCUUCAGUAUCUUUGAAUUUCCAAUUGCUGUGAUACCCAUUCCUGUCUGCAGCAUCUCUUCUGGGCCCCUUCCCUGUUGUCCUUUGCCCUUCUUAGCACAGAUGUUUGCAGCACUGUGGGAAAGGGGACUGGAUUGCAGGGGAGACCAUUUGGGAGAAAGGAUCUCUGGGGCAAGAUAUGUGGGGACAUGGAUGAGAGCAGGGUGAGCUCUCAUUGACUGCAGGAGUUCAGCGCAGCUGGAGACACUGGGAUGCAGGUGGCUGGCCAGAGGUGAAGGCUCACAGGGGAGUUAUCCUUUCUGUGUACAUAUGAAAAGCUGUGGAUCCAGUGUAGCCCAGAGGUGAAGAUGCAAAGAGUAUUGAAUUGCAACAGAUUGUUGUGUUGGCAUUUUCUUUCUCUAAAUGUGUCAUGUUUUCACAUUUCAGUUACAAAAAAAUGGCCUUCGGAAAAAUGGCAUUUUGAAAAAUGGCCUCAUCUGUAAUUUUAAAUUUAGCCCCUGGAAAAACAGCAC